AUGGAGCCCGACCCAUCGCGCUGUGACGCAAAAACUGAUUCUCCACCUAUUGAUGUGGGUCCAGAAAAUGUAAGAUUUCUCUUUGGUCCUGAGUUUUAGGGAUGAAUCGCCAUGUGGUGUUGUGUGAGACAUUCUAGCGGACGUUGUAACGAAGAAAUCAGGAAAUUUGGCAGUUGAAAAAGGGCACUUGUCAAUCGAUUAUUGCAUCAUUUUGCAGGAUCAGAUGGAGACACGCAAGAACGGACUGGAGAAAGCGCGAGAAAAGCUGGACCAGAAGAAGCAAAUGAGGAUAAAAAUAGCGGAGAGCAGGAGGAAGAUCGUAUUGAAUGUAAUGGAUGAGUCCAUGGAGCCCGGCCCGUCGCGCUAUGACCCAAACAUUGAUUUACCAUCCAUGGAGGUGUCUUUAGAAAAUGUAAGAUUUCUCUUUUGUCCUGAAUUUUAGGGAUUAAUCGCCAUGUGGUGUUGUGUGAGACAUCCUAGCGGACGUUGUAAAAAAGAAAUCUGGAAAUUUGACAAUAGAAAAAGGGCACUUGUCAAUCGAUUAUUGCAUCAUUUUGCAGGAUCAGAUGGAGACACGCAAGAACGGACUGGAGAAAGCGCGAGAAAAGCUGGACCAGAAGAGGCAAAUGAAGAUAAAAUUAGCGGAGAGCAGGAGGAAGAUCGUAUUGAAUGUAAUGGAUGAGUCCAUGGAGCCCGGCCCGUCGCGCUAUGACCCAAACAUUGAUUUACCAUCCAUGGAGGUCUCUUCAGAAAAUGUAAGAUUUCUCUUUUGUCCUGAGUUUUAGGGAUUAACCGCCAUGUGGUGUUGUGUGAGACAUCCUAGCGGACGUUAUGAAGAAGAAAUCUGGAAAUUUGACAAUAGCAAAAGGGCACUUGUCAAUCGAUUAUUGCAUCAUUUUGCAGGAACUGAUGGAGAAACGCGAAGAGAAGGCGUGAGCAAAGCUGGAUCAGAGGAAGCAGACGACGUUCAGAACAUUUCAAGGUAAGUUUGUGACGUUGUCUUUUUGAUUUUUUUGUUUUUCUAGGCCGUUGAGCUAAUAAUUUUCUCUGGUUAUACCUAAAAUAAUAUAAUUGAUAUUUCAGCCGGUCCAUGUUGAAGUAG